AACGAAAAGUGCAACCACUGCUACAUUUGUAAGGUUCCUUCGUUUAGACAACAAUCGAUACGUCAAAUGCGCUCGGUGAAGAGAACAAAAAACACAAAAAAAGAUGAGCAAGAAGCAUCUGUCAAGCUCGAGUCGCAAAACGAAAAUUUUUUGAAAGUGUCGUAAAGUUCUAGAUAAAAUUGUUGCUUGCAACGUAUCCAAAACAAACCGUGCUGCAUAAGCAUCGGUACGGAACGCGUACUCUUCGUUCACCUGGUAUCGGGUGUCUGAAAAGCUGUGCACGCAGAAAACAUCAACACUCGGAAUGCGUAUAACGCGGUACUCGCGUGCCAGCGGUAGAGGCAACUACUAUCACCGUGGUGCUGUGAAAUUGUUCCGCAGGCGCGGUGGUCACAAUGGUCAAAUUCCGCGAGUAUACACAAACCAAAGCCAACCUCCCCCCUACACCCCUAACCCGUACCAGGGGCAGAAUGUGCGUCGAACACGACCUAUUUCUCCGGAGGAUAGAUUGUUGGCGCGUCACGAUAGGAUGUUGGAGAGAUCGCCGCGGGAACGGUACCGCACCGAUGAUUACUCCCGGCAGAGCGCUAGCCACGAUCGCAGUUUAUCAUCCGUGCUAAGCGACAUCAGUUCCGGAAGCAGUUGUUUCGGGACGGUGCGGGCAAGCGAAGCGUACGGCAGUCCGGUAUACGAGGACCUCACGGACGAGGAGGACCGCUCCGUAGAUGAAAUGACAGAAUCUUCCAUGAAUCUGUCCGUAGCGCCGCCACCAGUGCUAAAGCACAAGAAACGCAAGAAGGACAAGCGCAAGAAAGAAAAAUCACGGUUGCGGGAGCGCAAACGGGCGAAAAAGGAUAAGCGUCGUCAGAAGGAAAUACUCGAGGAACGCAUCUGUCCGCCCGAGCAUGAGGUGGCACAGUCGAAGGAAAUAUUCGCUUCCGGUCAAAACAUUCUGGUAAGCGUCAGCUUCAUUGACAACGAGAAAUCGAAGGAUCGAAGCGACAGGCACAAGAAAAGCAAGCGAAAGAAGGCCAAGAGGGAAAAGACUCGCGAAAAGCUAAUCGUUACCAAAGAGGAACGUGCAUCCGACGUGGGAACGUCCGCUCGAAGUCCUCACCGGGACAGUACCAGUCCUGCGCGAGAGCCAGAGACGAAGGACGUCAAAGAGAAGUACAACAUGAAGCAACAACAGUCAGCGCAAUCAGAGCAGGAAAAGAAGCAGGAGCACCACCAGCAGCAGCAACAAAAUGAACAGCAUUCAACGGUGCACCAAUCACCUGAACAGAAGAUUCCUCCGGCAAAGAAAAAGAAGCUCGAUCCAGGCGUUAAGCCUGUGAUGGUGAUUGACCUAGAACGAUCGCCUGGCGGUCAGAUAAUAUCCAGCCCGAAAGAAGUCAUCGUGCUAAGCGACGAGGAGGGCAAACGAACAUUGGCGCAACGGUCCGGCAAGGAGGAAGUUAAAACUAACGAACUAGAUCAAAGCAAUCGUGGUCCCAAUACCCCACCGGAACCAGCCCCGAAAUCGCCCGACUCGUACGAUCCAUUCGAACCUACGAAAUCCUCUCCAAGCACGGCCAUUUCGAGGCACGAUUUGGGCAGCAUAUCAUCGCUCAGCUUUCUCGAGCAUCACGCCCAUCAGGAUGAUCAGAAGGAUACGAAAAAUGACUUCCACCAUCAUUCGCUUGCUCAGCAUAAUCUUCACCAGCACCAUCAGCACCACCACCAUCAUCAUCUGCUCCAUCAUCCUCACCAUGGACAUGCCCAUCAUCAUGGGCACGGUGGACCGGAACGGUUGAUGGUGCAAACCGAUCAACAAAGUAGCUCCGGUGCGGCCUUCGGAAACGAUGACGGUGUGCUCGAUCUGCAUCCGGGCUCACCGUUUGAGAAGAUCAACAACCUUAACAGUAGCCCUUCGCGUACGGUCACUUCUGGUAUGCCGUACCAUCAUCUUCAUCAUCCGUCGCCGAUGAAAGCGAUCAUUAAAUCGAUGCCGAAGAAACUGCUUGCCUCGGGUGGUGGUGGUGGUUCCGGGCGCGAUGGGCGAUCGCACGGAUUGUUUGGCAAAUCGAGUCUAACGAAUGCCACCGUCGGUCAACCGAGUGGUGGAGGCGGUACGACCAGUGGCGGUGCGACCACCAGCGGUGGUGUACCGUUUGAGGAUGAACUGAACGAUGGUGACAUUUCACCGUACUCGCCGCGAUCGAGUGAUUGCGAUGAGCAGAUGUUCGAACCACCGAGCCACGAUGGUAACGGGGAAACUCAAACGAUCGCAUUGACGGUGGACAAUCUGCGCAAGGUGUUCGGAAACGAUCCCAAAACACUGUACGGUGAUCUUCGGAAAAGCUAUCAGCAUCGAUCGGUGAUAGCGGUCGACGAUAUGUACAAACCACAUAAAAUGACACUAGAAAUGUUAGAUGAAAUACCGGACUCGGCGGUUGAUAUGCAGGUGAAGGAAAAGCUUAUCAAAAAGCUUCAGCGACAGGAACGUAUCGUUGAAGAGGUAAAACAUUUCCUAAAACCUCAUUUCAACAAAAAGCGUAUCGACAAAGACGAAUACAAGGAGAUAAUGCGAAAAUCCAUCCCCAAGAUUUGUCACAGUCGUUCGGGUGAAAUCAAUCCGGCCAAGAUACAGGCGUUGAUUACUGCGUACGUAAAGAAAGCAAUCGCAAAGCGAAAAUUAAUCAGUGGGGAAGGUUCCGCCUCCGGUACACCUCUGGUCAAUCUGGGUAGUUACGGACUUCCACAGGAACCGACGGCCACCGCAACAACGGCAACAAUGCCACCGGUGAUGUUAAUGAACCGUUGAAGUUAAAGUGCAACAAAACAAAACGUGUGACGUACCAGUGGUACCAGGCGGUCGGUGCAGUAGUGUCCCACCUGUCCACACAUUAGCACGCUAGUGUGGCAGAAAAAUUAAAAACAACAAAAUAAUUACACUAGAAGGCCAGAGCGAGAAAGCGAAAAUCGAACGAUCCCCGGAUCGAAGGAAUCGAGAAAUUUAGUUAUGUGUCGGAAAAUGGUCUCCAUGGUGCCGGCUAAGAAGAUGUGCAAUGUGAAACGAAUGGCCGGCCGUCGUCUGGGUUCGCUGCUCACUGUUGGCCCUGUAAGUGCAUAUCCGUUGUUCCGUUUUGUCCGCUCGUGUUUUAAUGUUUCGCGCGCGCGUAUCCCGGCGUGUUGUCGUGUACAGUGUGUGUGUGCGAUUAAAAUUAUCUCGCGCGAAAAGGAGGGCUGCACGCUGCUGCACCAUCCGUAGUUACGGAUUCUAGCACGUAUAUAGCGGUAGUUGCGCUAGUGUUUAUUAUGUGUACAUACAUGUUGAUUUCAUUACGAAGAUGACGCGGUUUGUUGUAAGUUUGAUUUUUUUUUUUUCAUUUAUCGCGAGCGAUUAUCUACAUAUAAUGCCAUUUAGCGAAAGUAUCGCUAUGCGUCUAUCACGUCUCGUACGCAUGAAAAGAAGCGUUAGCGGUGAAGAAGUGUGUCCUUAAAUCAUCCUUCCAAUGCUUCACAAUGGUUAAGUGACGUGAGUGUGUGUGUGUAUGUGUAGUACAUGUAAUGUCGUUUUUUUUGCGGGUCGUGGAUAGCAAGAAAAGGACCGUUACACUACCCGUAACGCACUGAUAAAAAACAACGUAAAGGUUAAGACCGGACGAAGGCGAAAAAACACAACGAGUGAAUUUCGAUAUGGAAAACAAGCUUCAUAUGUGUGUGAUUUGGCAAUGGCAAUUUCCAUGUAGCAGACGCGUUACAUUCUUUUUCAUCCUCUUUUGCGUUACCGUUUAUUUGAUCAUCCUUUCAUAGUCCGUAAUUCGGUUAUUGUUUCGUAGGCAAUGUUUCACUGCUGUUUAGAUGAGGCAACAAAGGUAAUUCGCUUCUAGUGUUCACAGUGAGAUCAGUGCACGAUAAGUGAGUCGUUUGUGCAGCGACCGUUGCGAAACCGUUAAAUGAGGAUUCCCUGCGUACUCUCUUCCGGGGUCACUUAAUUAAUGUCGCUUAUGGUUUAGUAAAUUUUUGUAGCAAAUCCCGCAAAUGUGUACACUAAACGUUGUUCGAGUUAUUCGGGCCGGUCCAAAAGUAUAAAGUGCACGUAUGACUCCUCAACAAAAGAAUUUACCCCGUUUUGAAUUAAAAUAUUGUCUAGUUUCUGCCUCCCCUCAAGGAUUGGGAAGGAGCAACGGCAACCGGUAGUAAUCGUUUAGAGUUCCAUACAAGAGGAGCCAGACAUUAUUCGCAUUGGGAAAGUACGCGUGAUAAGAAAGGAGAGAGUAGUUUAUUUUAUUUAAUUUUUUUCCGCAAAGCAAAACACAUCAAAAACCGACUUUAGUAAAUAUGUCCUCGGUGGGAUAAUAUUAACAAGCCCAAUCUCCGGUAUGUAAACUAUGUGAUGACACCAACGGACAUAUGUACACAGCACACCACGUACACAUAUUAUCUACAGAGAGGGAAAACGAGAGCGAGAGAGAGAGAGAGAGGCUCUACAUAUGAUUGUCUGUUGUGAUGAAGAAGUAAGAAAAUAAAAUGUAAAUAGUUAUGAAGUGGUUCAAACAUAA